AUGGUAAAAAUCAUCCGACCACCAGGGAAUGAAAGAGCUCGUGUGGAGUACGCCAGAGAAAAUCAGAGAGCCUUACCAGUAGAGGGGGAACCCACACUUCCUUUUCCUCGAGUAGAGGAAAGCGCAAGACAACAUUGUACAUGUAACAAUACAACCUACGGCGGAUUACAAGCGAUACGACGACAGCCACAAAUGCAUGACGAACGUUUUAGGAGGCAACGUAAGAAAAAUUUACUUUGUCUUAUACAAAACUUGAAAGUUAAGUUUUUCUUUUUUUCUUCGCUUCCUCGAACUAUUUUGUGUUUUGUUUUCUUUCUUGGCUUUUCACGAAAGCCGAGAGUUUCCUUCCGGCGGAGGUUGGGAGCCAAAAUAACAACUCGUGCCAGCAAUCCAGCGAAAAUUCACAAAAAGACAUACAUAUACUUUCUAUGUACCGUACAUGUUCAAUAAGAAUACGGCUUAGAGGGUACUUGAAAUCAAGAUGUUGUUAAGAAAAUUCUUUUAUUGCUGUUUCCUUAACGGUCAUAAAUUUCACCAUAUCCAGAGCUACAGUUUACUACUGAAGACGCCGUGGACUUGCCUGAGUAGGCUUACUACGGUAAAAAGGUCUUUAAGAUAUCAUAGCCUUGAGAUUACAUGCUUUGUUACAUUGUGCCAUUAAUUCGGAAGAUCCUCAAAAUCAAAGUUCCUUUCUGUUAUCACUUCGGCUGAUAGGAUUCUAGAUGACUCGGAAAAUAUUACCAGCCAGGCGGUAGUAUUGUGUCUUUACUACAUCUCUAUGCAGUCUUACACCACACCAAAACCACUCGAAGUAUAUACAGGUACAUUUUCAUUUUGUGUGCUCUGAAUAGACACUACAAAUAG